GCUGCACCCUUCCACAUUAUGCAGUUUUUUUGAUGCUUCCUUCCUGUAAGUAGAGGGCUGCCAUUACAGACCAUCUUCUAAAAUCACUCCCAUAGUCAUCGCUUCCAUUUCUUCCAAUCGUCACAUCCAUGUUUCUCGAUAUACAUGUGAAGCAUCGCGACAUCAGAAUCUUUCUCUUCUCCUCCGCGAUUCACCGAUCCGACUCACUAAUUUGGCUCAGCUGCUUCUUAUAGUUGCGAGAGGUAUUGACGAGGAGAGAGAGCGAUGGCGCUCUCUGCCGCUGAUUUGCCGGCGAUGUACACGUUGCUUGCAAACUCAAUGAGCACAGACGAGAGCAUUCGCAAACCGGCGGAGGCGGCGCUCUCGGAAUCCGAGAGCAGACCUGGUUUCUGCUAUUGUCUCAUGGAAGUGAUUACUGUUAAAGAUUUAGCAUCUCUUGUGGAUGUUCGAUUAAUGGCGUCUGUGUUUUUCAAAAACAGUAUUAAUCGCUAUUGGAGGAACAGGCGCGAUUCCUCAGGAAUAAGCAGUGAAGAGAAAGUACAUCUGAGACAAAAAUUGCUGUCGCACUUGAGAGAGGAGAAUUACCAGAUAGCUCAGAUGCUGGCUGUGCUGAUUUCAAAAAUUGCUCGCUUCGAUUAUCCCAGAGAAUGGCCGGACCUCUUUUCGAUUCUAGCACAACAGCUUCAAUCAGCAGAUGUUCUUACUUCCCAUAGAAUUUUUAUGAUUCUCUUUAGAACCUUAAAGGAAUUGUCUACAAAGCGUCUUACUGCAGAUCAGAGGAAUUUUGCUGAGAUAUCAUCCCAUUUAUUUGAUUAUAGCUGGCACCUGUGGCAGAGUGAUGUACAGACUAUAUUGCAUGGUUUUUCUACUAUAGCUCAGGGCUAUAGUUCAAAUGCUGUGGAGCAGCAUCACGAUGAACUUUAUCUGACAUGUGAGAGAUGGUUAUUGUGUUUGAAGAUAAUACGUCAACUGAUAAUUUCAGGGUUUCAAAGUGAUGCAAAAUGUAUACAGGAGGUACGGCCAGUCAAGGAAGUCUCUCCAGUGCUUCUGAAUGCCAUUCAAUCUUUUCUUCCCUAUUAUUCAUCCUUUCAGGAUGGAUAUCCUAAAUUUUGGGACUUCAUAAAGAGAGCAUGUACUAAGCUGAUGAAGGUUUUAAGUGCAAUUCAGGGAAGACAUCCUUUUUCAUUUGGUGACAAAUGUGUUCUUCCACUUGUCAUGAACUUCUGUUUAAAUAAGAUUGCAGAUCCUGAGCCACAUAUUCUGUCCUAUGAGCAAUUUCUCAUUCAGUGCAUGGUAAUGGUGAAGCGUGUGCUGGAAUGUAAAGAAUAUAAGCCAAGUGUUACUGGUAGGGUUAUGGAUGAGAAUGGAGUUUCACUGGAGCAGAUGAAGAAAAACAUUUCAAAUGUUGUCGGUGGUGUCUUGACUACCCUUCUGCCCAAUGAACGGAUAGUACUUCUGUGCAAUGUAUUAAUAAGAAGGUAUUUUGUUCUAACUGCUGGUGAUUUGGAGGAAUGGUACCAGAACCCAGAGGCUUUCCAUCAUGAGCAGGACAUGGUUCAGUGGACAGAGAAACUAAGGCCUUGUGCUGAAGCUUUAUAUAUUGUAUUGUUUGAAAAUCAUAGCCAACUGCUGGCACCUGUUGUUGUAUCCAUCCUUCAAGAAGCAAUGAAUGGUUGCCCAACUUCCGUGACUGAAAUUACUCCAGGGCUGCUUCUUAAAGAUGCUGCUUAUGGUGCUGCUGCCUAUGUAUAUUAUGAGCUCUCAAACUACCUAAGCUUCAAAGAUUGGUUUAAUGGAGCUUUAUCCCUGGAACUCUCUAAUGGUCAUCCAAAUAUGCGUAUCAUCCAUAGGAAAGUUGCACUGAUAUUGGGACAAUGGGUUUCUGAGAUUAAGAAUGACACAAAAAGGGCAGUAUAUUGUGCCUUAAUAAGUUUGCUGCAGGAUAAGGAUUUGUCUGUCAGGCUGGCAGCCUGUCGAUCACUGUGUUUGCAUAUUGAAGAUGCAAACUUCUCAGAGCAAGACUUUUCCGAUCUUCUACCCAUCUGUUGGGAUUCAUGUUUUAAGUUAGUUGAAGAAGUUCAGGAGUUUGAUUCAAAGGUCCAGGUUUUAAAUUUGAUCUCUGUUCUUAUUGGCCAUGUCAAUGAAGUCAUUCCAUAUGCAAACAACUUGAUGCAGUUUUUUCAGAUGGUUUGGGAGGAAUCUUCCGGUGAAAGCCUUCUACAGAUACAACUUCUUAUUGCUUUGCGGAAUUUUGUUGUAGCUCUUGGCUAUGAAUCACCUAGUUGCUACGGCAUGCUACUGCCCAUUCUUCAAAGAGGAAUUGAUAUAAAUAGCCCAGAUGAACUCAACCUUUUAGAGGAUAGCAUGCUGUUGUGGGAAGCUGCACUUUCUCAUGCCCCUGCAGUGGUGCCUCAACUCUUAGCAUUUUUCCCGUGUCUGGUGGAAAUCUUGGAAAGAAGUUUUGAUCAUUUGCAGGUUGCCAUCAAUAUCCUUGAGAGUUACAUUAUUUUGGGUGGAAGAGAAUUUCUCAGCAUGCAUUCUGGCAGUGUUGCUACACUUCUGGACCUCAUUGUGGGAAAUGUCAAUGACCGAGGGCUUAUUUCAACUCUUCCUGUCAUUGACAUUCUAAUACAGUGUUUCUCUGUGGAAGUGCCUCAAUUGAUCAGCAGUACUUUACAAAAACUAGUAGUUAUUUGCUUGAGUGGAGGAGAUGAUCGUGAUCCUUCUAAAACAGCUGUUAAAGCAUCAUCAGCUGCUAUCCUAGCAAGGAUAUUAGUCAUGAAUACCAACUUCCUUGCACAAUUAACAUCAGACCCAUCUCUUUCGUCACAACUGCAGCAAGCAGGUGUUCCAAUUGAAGAAAAUAUACUUCUUUGUUUGGUUGACAUAUGGCUAGACAAGGUAGACAAUGUAUCUUCCACACAGAAGAAGACUUUUGGGUUGGCACUUUCCAUAAUUUUGACUUUGAGAUUGCCUCAAGUUCUUGACAAACUUGAUCAGAUCCUAAGUGUGUGCACAAGUGUAAUUUUGGGGGUGACAGACGACUUAACUGAGGAAGAGUCAAGUGGUGACAACAUGAGCUCUAGCAGAUCUGAUGGAGAAGGCACCCUUCCAAGUAAGGAGUUCAGGAAAAGACAGAUCAAAUUCUCAGACCCUAUCAACCAGAUGUCGUUAGAAAAUUCAUUGAGGGACAAUCUUCAAACUUGUGCUGGCCUGCAUGGGGAAUCCUUCAAUUCUGCCAUUGGAAGUAUGCAUCCUGCUGCAUUUGCACAACUAAAGCAGGCGUUAAAGAUGCCAUAGACAAGCGUGGUUUACAUUUUCUAUGCGAGGCCUCUUUCCCUCGGUGCUUCAAUUUUUGUACCUUUCUAUAAGUUUUGGAAUAUACAUUGGGUGAUAUGGAUGCUUAUUUUUCUGACUGACUGAUGGAUGGUUUCUACAUUCUUUGUAUUGUUUUCUGUCUUUUUUCUAUCUCAUUGGGCUGUGUCUCGAUUUUAUUAUUUUUCUCAUUUUCAUUUGUAUAUGCCAUUGGGCGACAGAAAAUUUUGUAAAUAGUUUGCUAGCAAAGUGAAGGUAUGAAUUCCCGAGUACAAUUUAAA